GGUUUCUGACUGUGUGUGUGUUUUUUCCUCUCUCAAAACAAAACAAAACAAAAUUCAUCUCUCUCUCUCUCAUUUCUUUCUCUUUGAGUCAUCCACGAAAACAACACACGCAUUCAUUCAUAUCUCAUACAAAUCAAAAAAUCUUCCACUCUUCUCAUUUCAAUAUUCAACAGUUUUUUAUUCAACGUACCUUCCAACAAUUCCAUCGCCAGAUGUGCGACCAACACUGGCUCAACUUAGCUAUGGCCGACGAUUCCAUCGUCGCCGAACUUCUCCUCCGUCUCAACAACCCUCAACCACCACUUCAACUCCACUGGAAAACUCGUCAGCCCCGCUCCAAAUCCAUUCCACCAAAACAAGACUAUUAUUCCACCAGAGCUAGCCCCAACACCCCACUUUCAUGGUGCGCCGCCACGUCACCAAGCGAUGAAUCCACCCUCCCAACAAAACUCGCCGAAUCUUCUUCGAGAUCUAAGCUUGCUAAUCAAAAGGAAAGAGUUACUACAAAAAACCCAAAAAGAAAAAAGACUUUAGCUGAACUAAAAGAGGAAGAAAGUUUGUUAUUGAAAGAAAGGAGAAAUUUAAAAAAUGAGGUGGUGUCUUUGCGCCUAACCGUCGAAAAAGAAAGAGCAACUAAUGAAAGUUUAAAGAGAAUGAAGCUGGAUUUUGAGUCACGACAGAACUCUAAUAAUGCUACAACCUCUAAUUCAUCCCAAUUUGUGGAGGCAGUAUGUCGUCCUUCUGAUUCAAUCUCCCCCAAAACUGUCACACACAAGGUUCUUAUCGAUGAUUCACAUGUUAAUGCUGCAAAUGCUCCUCCGAAAGUACUAGAGACUGUUAAGCAAGAACCUAAAUUUGUUCUACCAGACCUAAACUUGCUUGUGGAGGAGGAUUUAAGCUAUUAGCUAGCAAUGAAGGAACAGAUAUCUAGUGAUAUUCUGCAUAAUAACAGUUCGAAUCUUCUCCGCGACCAAAUCUGGGCCAUUGAAUUUGGGUUACAGAUGAUGCGGUUUAAUAUAUCAUAUAACACGCCGGUCUAACAAUUUAGGUUUUUCUAAUGUAACUGUAGAUACUAAACCAUUCAUUUCCUCACCUACUCAAAAUUGAGUGUGGUUGUUUUUAUUCAUGAAAUAUGUUGUGA